AUGGCUCCCAAGCGGCGCGGAAACAAGGUGGUGGGCUCCGUCGUCAAGACCAAAGUGGGGCAGGAGACCGUGGAGGUCAUUGUCGCCGAUGACGCCGAUGGGGCGGAGGCGGAGCAGCAGCUGGUCCCGGAGGCUCUGGCCAUGGCGCUCCCCGCCGUGGACGUCUCCGGCUCCACGGUGGUGCACGUCGUCGAGGUCACUACACCGGACGGCGGCGACAAUGCCACCGGCUCCAAUGUGAAGCAGCCCACCGCCGCCAAGAGAGGCCGUGGCCGGCGCGAGGAGGAGAAGCAGCCGGCUCCGCCGGAGGAUUCUAUACCCGUGCCGCAGAGUCAGGAGACGCAGGAUCCCAACGAGGAGCAGGAGGAGGAUGACGCCAGCAAGAAGCAGCAGAAGCAGCAAGACGGGGAGGAGGAGGAGCAGCAGCAGCCGGGGACUCCGCGGGUGUCGUCGGAGAGGAAAGCAACACCAAAGAAGUCGACGAAGACGAAGCCGCAGCAGCAGGCGGGUGGUGGCGACGCGGCCGGCAAGAAGCGGAAGGCGCGGCGCCGGCUGGGGCAGGCAAGCUCCGGAGGCGACGCCGGCAUGGGCGGCAUCGGAGGGUACAAGCGGUACGUGUGGCGCGUGCUGAAGCAGGUGCUGGACAUGAUGAUGGCCGACAUGUUCGAGCGCCUGGCGGACGAGGCGGCGCGCCUGUCCAAGGCCACGGGCAGGAUGACGCUCACCUCCCGCGACGUGCAGAGCGCCGUCAGGCUCGUGCUCCCCGGGGACCUGGGCAAACACGCCAUCUCCGAGUUCUCACUCAAUGACAACAUUUUGAAGCCUAAAAUUCGUCACGUAAACGCAAUAGUUAUUGCUUGUAAACUUUACCGCUCUUUACCGCAAAAGCGUGUUGGUUAUCCGCUCUUUUUUUUGUCCAUUUGCGACCGGAGCGUUCCAACUUCUUAUAAUGUGUGA